GUAGUCAUUCGCAAAACUACAUUCGUAUGUUGUUGCACAUUCCUGAUAAUGAAGGCAUCCCUUAGGUUAUUCAGUCUCUCGCGUUCCCUCAACCCAUCUGAGCUUCUCAAGACGAUUCGGGCGGACCCUGGAAUGACGGCGGUGUACUACGCGAACCGCUACUUUGGUAGCGAUAAAGUGAUGCAAAUUAACCACAUCCUGUGGGGGCAGCUCAAACGGUGUGGAAAAAUCUAUCAUGAACGCGGCGAGGAGGAGGAGGCGUUGCCGAGGUGGUUUCCCACCUUCGGGAUGGCGCGAAUUCAUCGCGUGCAGCGGCAUGAUCCUAAUGAAGAAGAUCUUUCCCUUCUGAACGCGUUAAAAGACGCCCGCUCAGAGGCCUCCGCGUGGUCCGAUUCUCCUGGCGUCCCCGCUCAUAGCGAGGUAUCGUUUGAUUCCAAUACUAACAACGACGACGCGAAGGGGGAGGAUACCCUUGAAGUGGAGAUGGCUGUCAUGCGAGAGGUACAAAAGGAGCCUGGAAAGGAUAUUCAGCAUUAUAUUCACCGCCUGCCUAAACCCAUGCAGCGGAGUGCUCCUCUCGCAUUCAAGCGGCUGCGCGAGUCUGGCAUGAUCAAGCGUGAAUUCACUUCUGCGGGGUCAUUUAUAUGGAGUUGAGCAAGUUAUAAACCUCAAAGAGGAGGAGGAGGAAGAGAAGAAACGGGACUUUGCAUCAAUGUGAACGUAACCUGUAUUCUCCCCACCGUCGUUAGUAUCUGAAUCGAAGAAUUGGAAAGAUUGGUUUUUAUUCUAUAUAGGAAAUCUAUGUUUCCGAUGUUAUCGCUUUUGUCGUCUGUAUUCUCAAUUGAUUCCGUCCUGGCUCCUCAUGCUCUCUCUAUCUCUCUCUCUCUCUCUCCAGUGUUCACGCUGUCAGCGAUUUGCUAUUUCAUCAUGAGUAUUUAGAAGUGCUGUGAAACGUUCCUCGAUGAAGAGAGUGGGUCUGGGAAUAGUGAGUCAAGGAUGUUGUUCUUAUUUGGUGGACAUGUGAAGUCAUGCAAAGGAGGGAAGCUUCUCCAUAAAAUGUUCGAUGCACUGUAU